AUGGUUCGACGACAACUUAGUUUGAAUGACAGGGGAAGGGCCAUUGGCUGGCUACAAGAUGGACACACUCAAAGAUCUGUGGCUCGCCGUCUAAAUGUAAGCCAAAGUGUUAUCGGUAGACUCUGGCAGAGGUUCAGGACGACUAAUUCUAUUCAGAAUCGCUCCCGUUCUGGAAGACCACGAUCAACAACAGCACGAGAAGACCGUUUCCUGAUGAUAACGGCGUUGCGACAGCGUUUUGUGACCCCACGGCGUCUUCGUGAUCAACCCAGAGCUGCUACAGGCAACAAUGUGUCUGACCAGACCAUUAGGAAUCGUCUGCGAGACCAAGCUUUGCGGUGUCGGCGUCCUGUAGUCCGACUACAGCUACUUGCCCGUCACAGAAGGGCUCACCUUGAUUGGUGCAGACGUCAUAUCCGGUGGAACCGUGGGCAAUGGGCAGAGACAUUAUUCACAGAUGAGUCACGGUACUUGCUCCAGUUCAAUGAUGGCCGGGUUCGUGUUUACCGUCGUCAAGGAGAAAGAUUUGCUGAUGUUAACGUUGUUUAA